UUCCGGUUCAGGUUCAGCAAAUCGUAUCAUCGCAAAACUUUAGUUUUACAAACACGCUGUCGAAGGAGUGCGAAGAAGGCUAAAAAUGAUAGUUUACUGUUCAUUCUAAGACGGAAGAUGGCUCAUAAGAAUUUUCUUUUAUUCUGUCUGGUAUUACUGGUACAUGGAUUAAAACUGACAAACGGCGAAUUCGCUGGAAGUGCUAAAUAUAAGGAACCAGAGGUGUGUCGGGGAUCAUCAGAAGGCUUAAGUGCUAGUGGAGCCAGUGAUGAAAUGCGAUAUAGAAAACUGAAGCAACGAUAUGGAAACUGUACCUAUGUGGAUGGAAAUUUAGAAAUCAAAUUUUUAGAGCAGCCUAAUUUUAAUUAUAAUUUAAGUUUUUUAUCAAAUAUUGAGGAAGUGAGUGGAUAUGUUUUAAUUACCUCUGUGACAGCAAAGUAUUUACCACUCACUAAAUUAAAAAUUAUACGUGGGAAUGAGUUGUUUCACUAUAAGAACAACAGCUACAGUUUAUUUGUGGCCUUGAAUCAUGAUGCAGGUGGAAAAGUUGGAUUAAAGGAACUGUGGUUUACCAAUUUAUCAGAAAUAACAAGAGGUGAUAUUUAUUUUCACAAUAAUGAUCUGCUGUGUUUCCAUGACACCAUUUUAUGGAAGGAUAUUAAGUUUAACCCUAAGUACAGGGUUAAUCAUAAGACAACAAAUACGAAUUCUACAGACAGCAAAAAUUGUCCUCCUUGUGCUCCAGAAUGUUUUGAGGAGAAGACAAACAGUCGCCAUUGUUGGGGAAGUGGACCGGACAAAUGUCAGAAUUUGAUCAGAGAACUUUGUCAUCCAAGUUGUGAUACUGGCUGUUUUGGAAAAGAAAUAAAUCAAUGUUGUCAUAGCCAGUGUGCUGGAGGAUGUUAUGGUCCAAGGAGCACAGAUUGUGUGGCUUGCAAAAACUUCUACAAUGAAGGAAUGUGUGUUAAUGAGUGUCCAAAACCCAAGAUAUAUAAUAGAUUUACCAUGCUGCUAGAAAACAAUCCUGAUGGAAAAUAUGCAUACAAAUCUUUAUGUGUGAAAGAAUGUCCAGAUUAUAUGUUGAAAGAUGAAACGAAUGCCUUGUGUGUUAGGAAGUGUCCAGCAGAAUACUACCCAGAAAACAACACUUGUGUACAAUGUCAAGGAAUUUGUCCAAAAAGAUGUGACGGACUGAAAGCUGAUGAGUUUUUGUCCAGUCAGAACAUUGACAGAUUUCAAAAUUGCACUGUUAUUGAUGGGAAUCUCAAGAUUGUUCAGACAACUUUUGAUGGGGAUAACUACCAGAAACUGAAAGGUUUGAAAAGAGAGCAGUUAGAUGUUCUGAAGACAGUGAAGGAGAUAACUGGUUAUUUAAUGGUACAGGGAGGAAACAGCCAAGAAAUGCCUGAUCUCUUUUUUCUUUCUAAUCUGCAAAUAAUUCAUGGUCGUGAACUAGACAUAGCAGGGAAUGCAUUUAGUGCGAUUAUGACAAAACUUAAGUCACUGGAGUUGAUUUCGCUGCAAAGUAUAAAAAAUGGAAAAAUAAGCCUGUAUCGGAAUGAGGAUCUGUGUUUUAUUGAGGGCACUGAUUUUACUCAACUCUUCACUGUGCAAAAAAAUCCAGGUCAAGAAUUCAAAAUCAAAGAUUAUGUACUGACCAGGGAAAAUCGGCCCCCUUACAAAUGCAAACAAGAUGGACAAGUGUGUCACCAAAGCUGCUCUGAUGAAGGUUGCUGGGGGAAAGGUGCAAACAAGUGUCUGAGGUGUCGCUCCUACAAGAUUGACAACAGUAGUAACAUUUGUAUUGACCACUGUAAACAGGUCCCCAUGAUGUAUGAUGCUGGCAAUCGUCUGUGUGCGUUCUGUAAUGAGGAAUGUGAUGAUGGAUGUGUUGGAGCUGGGCCAGGAAAUUGCACAAAAUGCAAACAUGUCACCAUGAAACAUCAUGAUAAUACAAGCACCUGUUUGAGACAGUGUCCUAAAAUGUUUUACCCAGAUGAGAAGAAUACUUGUUAUCCAUGUCAUGUUAACUGUGCAGAAGGCUGCACUGGGCCAUCAGAUAAGGUAGGAAAAGGAGGCUGCAACACCUGUGAACUUGCUAUUGAAUUAAACCACUCUUCCUUCAGAUGUAUAGCUGACAGUGAAAGUCAGCAGUGUCCACAUGAUUACUACCAGGCCACUGUGGGCAAACAAAUCUCAAGUUUUCUUGAAGGCAGACAAGCUUGUUUUAGAUGUGAUGCGAUGUGCGAUGGUUGUCACCAGGGCAGUAACUUGCACUGUAUUAAGUGCAAAUAUGUCAAACAAGAUGGUGCCUGUCGUAAAUCAUGUAUAAAUAUGUUCUAUGCAAAUGAAGACAAGGAGUGUGAGCAAUGUCAUGAAGAAUGUCGGGGAGGCUGCUAUGGUCCCUCACAAAUUGAGUGCCAAGCCUGCAACAACUUUAAGGUUUACUUGGAUAAUGAGUCCUGGAAUGGAAAGAAAGAGAACUGCACUGACGCGGACUAUAUUUGUCGUCAGUUUAAUUGUACAAAGACAUGUCCCCUAGACAUGCCAUAUAGGGAAAAGGAUGAUAUGGCUGAAGAGGAGACAACCACUUUGUGUGUUGAUCAUACACAUCCAUUAGUUAUGAAAAAACAAGAAGAUGAGAAAGCCAAGAAAAGUAAGGAACUUGCAGAAAGAAUUAAAAUCAUUGUGGCCUCUACAGUUGGUGGGAUUGUUGUUCUGGCAGGAGCUCUUGUUCUCUUUGGAUAUUGUUGGUGCCAGAGAGCCAAAUCACAGGAGAAGACUGCCAUACUCACUGCCAAGAUGACUGGAUAUGAUGAUGAGCAACCUCUUACCCCAACCAAUGCCAAACCAGAUAUGUCCAAUAUCAGGCUUAUAAAACAAUCUGAGUUACGCAGAGGUGGAAUAAUAGGAUCGGGGGCUUUUGGUACCGUGUAUAAGGGCUUUUGGAUUCCCCAAGAUGAGAACGUAAAGAUUCCUGUAGCCAUUAAAGUUCUGUCAGACAGCACAUCACCAAGCCAGAAUAAGGAACUGUUGGAGGAGGCUCGAGUGAUGGCAUCCGUGGAACAUCCAUGUUGUAUCCGGAUUCUGGCCGUGUGUAUGACUGCACAGAUGAUGCUCAUUACACAGUUAAUGCCAUUAGGCUGUCUCCUAGACUAUGUCAGAAAACAUAAAGAUAAUAUUGGCUCUAAGGUCCUUCUCAACUGGUGUACACAAAUUGCAAAGGGUAUGUCUUAUCUGGAGGAGAGGGGUAUCGUCCACAGAGAUCUGGCCGCUAGGAAUGUGUUAGUUCAGAGUCCAGGCCAGAUCAAGAUUACUGACUUUGGACUGGCCAAGCUACUGGACAUCAAUGAAGAUGAGUAUCACGCAGCUGGAGGAAAGAUGCCCAUCAAAUGGUUAGCCUUGGAGUGUAUCCAGCAGAGGAUAUUUACACAUAAGAGUGAUGUGUGGAGUUUUGGAGUCACUGUCUGGGAACUUUUUACAUACGGACAGAGGCCCUAUGAAAAUGUGAGGGCUAGGGAUGUCCCAGAUUUACUGGAGAAAGGGGAGAGACUACCACAACCCUCAAUAUGUACCAUAGAUGUUUAUAUGAUCAUGAUUAAAUGUUGGAUGUUAGAUGCAGAUAGCCGUCCUUCAUUCUUUGAGUUGACUGAAGAGUUUGCAAAAAUGGCAAGAGACCCUGGUCGUUACUUAGUUAUUUCAGGAGAUGUUUUGAAGAAAAUCCCAGAGGACUCAAAUACACCCUCACAGAUCGAGCUAAUCACGCCCGAUACGUCCAACAAUCCGAAAGAGGAGGGUGAUAAGUUAAUGCGGCUCCCAAGUCAUUCCUAUGACAAGAAUGACUUGGCUCGCAGUCUCAGUGUGGCGGUGGAUGGACCAGAGGAAGUGAUAGAAGCAGACGACUAUCUACAGCCCACACCCAGGGCAUCUGUUGAGAUUCCCACCACACCUGUCUCAUCAAAGACUCCAUUACUGCCAUAUGAUGCAUCUUCACCACCACCACAAAGUCUUGCACUUAAAGAAAUCCGUGCACCUGCUCGCAGAGAAAAGCGUUAUGGUCACCUGGAAUCAGCAGCUAAAGCUCGAGACCAGCGAGCACAAGAUCCAUCCAGGAAUCGGGGUGAUAGUGUCAAUUCACGCUAUAGCUCUGAUCCAGUCAAAGUUCUUCACACUGAUGAAAUAGAUACUGGACUUAAAAGACCACUUCGUAAUGGUUCUGUAGGCAGACAAGGUAUCCCCAAUCACUUUGUGAAACACACUCCAGACUUCAAGAUGCAGUUACCACUGGAUGAAGAUGACUAUCUUCAGCCAAAGUCUUCCAAACCUAGGGCAUAUGCAGAUCUGAUAGAUGGACAGGAUUACCUAAAUGACAGUUCAGGGUCAGUUUUUCUGGAUGAUCAUUUGGAUCAUAAUGGUCAUGGCCAGCCAGGUCUCAACUUUCAAAACCCAGAAUAUUUUGAUGAACCUAAUUUAAAUGUGCCAAAAAAGCAAUUAGCAAGUAAAAGUUAUUAUAAUGACAUUUCUGCUGUGAAUGGUGAAAGUGCAGAACAUGAACCUCUGGUGCUCAGUGAAGAUUGGAAAUCAGAAACAACUGUUUAGUGCUUCAUUUGCAACAGUAUGGUUGCCAUAGAUGAGAGUCCAGCUUUAAACUGCCAUAUAUUUAUAAUAACCAGUGUAAUGGUUGUGUUCUGUGAUGGGGAAAUAUCCCAAGUCUUCUACAAACUGACCCACCAUAAUGAGCAAUAAUGUGCAUUUAUGCAUGUAAUUAUUUUAUUGUGAUUAAGGGAUUAAGACUUUGCUGGGGAGACAGAGACACAUGGAAAGUGUUUCGUACACCAAUCAAACGCUCAAAUUCUGCCGCCCAGCAGAUAAUUGAAUGCUGCUUCAUAGACAUUGACUGCAUAAUAUACAGCAGAAUGUAGAAAAGAAUGAGGAUGGACAACCAAAGAAAUCCAUUAAAGUGUCAGUAUACAAAACAUUGACAGGAAGAUUCGAUGGUUUGGACAGCCAUCAGUUGUUAUCUAUGCAGAACUGAGAAGAAGGCAGGACAUGUUACUAUUGUUUUUGUUGGACAUUCUGUUGUUUUGUUAUAUACAGCUUCCGUCUAGCUUUAAUAUCAAUUAUUGCACAGGAUCUUCAUAUAUAUAUAUUUAUAUUGCUGUUAUUAUUUGUGACUGUUAAUGUAUACCAUGUUUGUCAUUUAUUGAAAAUUUAGGUUGUUCUUCCUCAACAUUUGUAGCACAAGUUGUUUUUCAAAGCUUUAGCUAUAAAGAAUAUUGCUGAUCUACCUGAACAGCUCUAAGCAGCACUAAAAAAUCUUGUUAUCAACAGAAAUAAAAUUUUUGAAAUUUUUUAUAUAGAAUUAAAUUCACUUUUUUAAUUCACUUGAAAAGUGAAUGUGGGAUAAAUUUUACCUUGCACAAUAUGAUGCUUUUAGAAUUUUAGCAUGGUUCAUAAAACUAUAGAUAUUUAACUAUUGAUGGCAAGUGAUCUUUGUCAAUUUGUAAAAUUUGUACAACUGAUCAGGAUUUCCAAUGCAUAUCCUAAUUUGUAUCAGUAAAUAUGAUGCAUGUAUUGAUAGAUCCUCUACCUACCAUCUUUAUACAUAGAAGUGACCAAGACUUACAAACUACUUAAGGGAUGCUGUAUUUUAAAACCAAAGCCCGUCGUUAUCUUACCAAUACCUAGGAUCUUUACCAUUUCUGCAGUGUUUUGCAGACAUACCAAAUACUCAGUACAUACAUGUAAUUACUUCAUACCAGUAGAUAGAUAUAAUCAGAAUGCUUCCUGUCAAAUCAUUUAGUCAAUAGAAAAUAUUUUUUGUUCACACCUCAUGAGGAGUUAUCUUCCUAUUGUAUCCACAGCGCCAAGCUCUCUCAUAAUUGGUUGUGACAGGUAUGAGCUAUUGUGCAUGCUUCGUGCCCGUGGUUUUAUCUAGUCACUUUCAUUUUUACAAAGCACCCACACAUUUUCUCUUAGUGUUCAUAUAACUGUACUUUCUGAAAUUCUUGACGGGUUUAUUACAAUGUAAUAAUUUUUUUUUGCAAUAUGUAAAGUUUUCAGUCAUAAGGUGGGUUGAAAACAAUGAAUGAAUUUUCAUAAUAUUGUAAAUGCAUAUAUACUUGUACCAAAAUUUAAUUUUUUUCCUCUCUUAACAAUGAAUAUUCUAAUUAAUAAUUUAAAAAAAAAACACAGAAUAUUUUCAGGGUUAAAUUACUUUACAUGUGAAUAUUGUAAUAAAAGUUAUUUUGUACUUGUAAAGACUGUACUUAUCAGGUAACAUUUGUGUACAUAUUAUUUUAUUUUGAUUAACUUUGCACUGAACAGAGAAUAAUGAGUGCAAAAAGUUUUAUUUUAAUUAUCUUGCAGACUAUUGAGAUUUUUUUUUUCAAAGAUGAAAUCAGAGUUGAUUUUCCAUGUAUUUUCUUUUGAGGUAGAUUUCUCUGUUAAUUGUUUUGAAUUGAUACCAUUUGAUGGAAAUCAUUCAAAACAUCUGAGGUACACAUCCUUUUAAGGUAUUUUGAGAUGCUUAAAUCUUCCUUUCUUCAGUAAAUUUCUGCAUUUUCUUUUUUCGAGGAUCUCAAAGGGUAAUGUUUUUUACUGGAGAGGGAUAAUCAAUAAUCCCACUCUCCUAGGGUUAAAGAAUAAUUAUAAUGAUUUUUUUUAAAUGUGUGCCUUAAAUAAUACAUGGAAUAAAACAAUUCACCAUACUGCUUUGAAAUUUUGGAAACUUUUUAUUUUCUCUAUUGUUUUAUUUACGAACAAGCAGGCUGCUCUCAAUUUUAUAGUUUCAUAGUUUAUCACUAUUUGUUCAUUACAUUAUCAUUUACAUUGUUUUGUGUAAAACUUGUUAUACACCAAAUCAGUGAAAUUCAUAUCAUUUUUAUGACUUUUUUUGUGUUUUCUUUUAUUAAAUCUCAUGUAUGUACUUAAAUGCUGGUUUUUAUUUUAAUUGUAUUCUUUUAUUUUCAUGUGAUAGAAUUUUUAAUAUAAUGUAAAUGUAAUGUUUAAUACAAUUUCUUGGGUUUUUUUUUUCCUUAUUAAUAGAAAAAGAUCAAAUUAAGAAUUGUUUUUAUGAAAUACCGGGGUAUUAUCAAAUUCACGUAUUAAAAUAUGCUUGUAAUGCAAGAUAUGAAAGCCAGUAAUGAUAAAAUAGACAGGACAUUUAAACAAAUAUUACUUCACUGAACAUCUCUGAGACUAUACUCUUCUCAUUGUACGAGAUUUAUUUUCAGAUUUUGAGUUGAUCUACAUUGCUGCAAUAAGUUUACAGAAUUCAUUUAAUUUGCAUAUCAUAUACGUUUAAAAGUAUUAUCUUGUCAUAAGGCCACCAAUAAUUGCUAUGCUGAUUAUGUUUUUUGAUGAUGAUAAUUUUAUUUUAUGUUCAUCAAACAUGUUUUAGUAAUCUAAGCAGGAAAAACUGCAUGUAUUUUUUUUUGUAUCAUUGCAUUAGUUACUUAAAUUGCUUCAUGUAAUUUCAUGCAGGAUCAUUGUGAAUCUUGAGAGAAAUGCAUGUAUAAUUAAAAGGAAAUACAAAUUUA